CGAUGUAUAAAAACCCGUAGACUUCUCUGUGACAGCAUAGUUUGAAACUUCAAACAACUCUGCAACCAUGAAAUUCCUGCUGAUCGUCGCUUCCCUCGUCGCCGUGGCCGUCGCUGGCCCGACUCGCGCCCUCGUCACCCCCGGUGGUGGCUCCGCGCCCAUCGUGGAAGCUGAAUCCCCCGUCAUCGCUGGACCCGCUCUGGUUGAGAGCCCUAUCUCGGUCGGACCUGCCCUGGUUGAGAGCCCCAUUUCUGUUGGUCCCGCUCUGGUUGAGAGCCCCAUCUCCGUGGGACCCGCACUCGUUGAGACCCCAAUCGUUGAGAGCCCCGUCGUUGUCGACACUCCUAUCGUUGAGAGCCCCGUUGUCGUCGACACUCCUAUCGUUGAGAGCCCCGUCGUCGUCGAUACUCCUAUCGUUGAGAGCCCCGUGUUCGUCGACACUCCUAUCGUUGAGAGCCCCGUCGUCGUCGACACUCCUAUCGUUGAGAGCCCCGUGUUCGUCGACACUCCUAUCGUUGAGAGCCCCGUGUUCGUCGACACUCCUAUCGUUGAGAGCCCCAUCUCUGUUGGACCCGCUCUGGUUGAGAGCCCCAUCUCCGUUGGACCCGCUCUGGUUGAGAGCCCUAUCUCCGUUGGACCCGCUCUGGUUGAGACCCCCGUCGUUGUUGAGAGCCCCGUUGUUGUCGACACCCCCAUCGUUGAUGUGAGCCCCGUCUUCAUCGAGCACCCCAUCGUUGUUGAGAGCCCCGUCGUUGUGGACACCCCGAUCGUUGGUGAGAGCCCCGUCUUCGCCGAGCUCCCCGUUGUUGUCGACGCUCCCAUCGUUGACGCCAGCCCCGCCGCCGCUGCCCCUGUUGAGUCUGAGUCCGCCUCCGCUGCUGCCGCUCCCCUGGUCCAGAUCAUCCUGAACAUUAACCAGGCUGCCGCCCCCGAGGCUCCCGCUGUCGUUGUGCCAGAGACUCCCGCUAUCGUACCCUCUCCCAUCAUCGUCGAGGAGUCUCCCAUCUUUGCCGAGCUCCCCAUCGUGGUCGACACCCCCGUCGUGGCCCCUGAGCCCGUCCAGGUCGUCGAUACCCCCAUCGAGGCCCCCAUCGUCGUGCCCGCCCCCAUCGUGAUUGAGCCCCAGCCCAUCGAGCUGCCCGCCCCCGAGCUGCCCGCUCCCGUCGAGGUCGCCCCCGUGGUCGUUCUCCCCGACAUCCUCAACUAAGCUAAUAACUAAGCUUUGGUUUUAACUUAGCUCU